AUGGCCGCCACAGGGCUGCACGGCCGCGUCGUGCACUGUGCGGAAAACGAAUUCGCAAUCUUCAACCCUCCAAGCGGCUCCACUUGCGGAGAAUACCUCGAGAGAUAUCUUGAGGCGGGCGCACCGGGCCGUCUUGAAAACCCCAGUGCAUUAGAGGCAUGCAGGUACUGCCCGAUCCGAAAUGCGGACCAGUUCCUCUCGACUGUUGAGAUAUUUUGGACACAGCGCUGGCGCAAUUUUGGGCUUGGGUGGGCAUAUAUUACCUUUAAUGUAUUUGCGGCGGUCGUGUUGUAUUAUCUGCUGCGGCUCAUUUUGAACAUGUACUCCCCUGUUGGAGCUGGCCUCGAUAUCUGUGGGUCUGUUCUCGGCCGUUUUCUUCAAUCAACACCAUGGCCAACGCUUCUCAGUGUAGAUACUGUGGCCACCACUGGUGUUAGAAGGCGGGUCAAUUUUGUGUCCUGGUUUUUAACCAUGGCUAUAGCGCUGGUCGCGAUCACAUCUAUUGUCACGCCCUUGGGCCUGUAUGAGUCUAUCGAGCCGUCGGGUGACAAGGAGAAUACCCCAUUUCGAUAUAUUAAGGACACCUCAGCGUUUGGAUACGGGACACCACCACGCCCUGAUGGGUUUUUCUCCAGGUACUGCGGCACGACGUAUACAUGUCCGGGCUCUACUGUCGAGAGAAAAUGUGAGAAAAUCGGCCUCUUGGAAAACUGUACGUCGAACAUACAAACCGCCCUCCCCGAAAGCUUCAUCACUCCUUUUAGAGAUGGCGCCACCAAGUUUUCACCGUCUGUGUCAAGCAUCUUCGACAUCCAGUGGAGAACCUACAUAAACAAUGCAGAUGACCCAAGCAAAGGCAUUUUCGUGAAGCCCGCCUAUCGUUUCCGGGCCCACACGGUGCCUCAACAUCGUUACGAGUUCGGCAGCAGAUGGAACGAGGAUAUCUUGUUCAUCGAGCCGGAGACGCAAUGCGUGGAUUUGAAUUUUACACUGGACUUCGUACUGCCUCGCGACAUGUCGACUAGCGACCAAUAUGUGGAGGAUCUCAAAAUUGUUGACCAUGGUGGUUUCUCUGGACUCCGUGAUAACGCUGCUCCAAGCCUUGAGCGAAUAAGUUCGAACGGGCAGGUCGAUCUCAACCUGAAGGAUCGGGCAAUGAGUGCGGGGUGGUUCAAUAAUUUCUUGACAAUGGUGUUCUACAAUGUUAUAGACCCCGAUAUGCGCAACAUCAAGCGCCUGGACGUGUCCGAAGGAGACACUUUUCCACUGCCGUCAUUUUCUAAAAAUACCACAUUCCGUGUUGGGUAUGACGUUUUGCGCUCGAGUAUGGAGUUCGGAGAAUAUCUUAAUCUAACGGGAAAAUCGGGCAUGAACGGCACUAAAUGGAGUGAGAAUCCGUUUGAUAUCAGCAUGAGAAACUUUUCUUUUAUCACAAAUCUUUGUGCGGGUUCUACAUUCGACAGCCCGGCAAAUAUCAACGCCACUCUCGUAGGUUGCAGUCUCCUUUACGGCGCUGCAAACCGAAUUGACAAGGGCGGUUCCUCUCUCAUCGCAAACCCAGGCUCACGGUGGUCACUACCGGUCUACAGCUGCGCUUCUUCUGUGAAAGCAUUAGUCAAAGAAGUCACCUUCCAUUUCAACGGCACAACCUUCGAAGCGCUAGAAGUAAACUCCACAAAGCCCAAAAUCUAUGUAGACCAGGAAUCCAAACCCCUUUGGGCUGUGGAGGACCUCAAAGAAAUUCCCAUUUCAAAUGGAAAACCACUCUGGGGGAUCCUCGGCCCUUCAAAGUCGACAGGGGAUAUUAAAUUUCCCUCCAAUAUUUCCACCAAGUCCCACGAACACCUUUUCCUCCCAGGUUACAUGGACGAUUACACAAUCCUCCUAGAAGGCAGCAGAGGCGUAUCAGACGCUGCGCAGAACCUUCCCGGCACUGAAUUCUACACUCAGGCUAUGCUCACCGCGCUCACAAUCACUCGGCCCGGCGGGAAUCGCGGAUAUGUGGACUAUUCGGGCUUUACAAGCUUAGCUCUAUUUGCCAAAUGGCAAAACCUGUCUAAAACGCCAGAGGGUGCCGCUAGAAUCCUCGAUUUGGUGUGGACAGACUCGGCAGCCAACGCGGUCAUGGGCACGAAGGGUUGGGGCGUGACCAGUUUCUCUGCAACAGCAUAUCAGCAACGGCAGAGGGGAAAGCCGCAAGAUGCGAAUGUUAGAUAUAAAAAGCGUGAGACGGCCAUAACAGACCCAGCGGAACAAAUAGUGCCCGUUAUGCCUUUUAAGAAAUACAUCCGUUAUAAAAUCCCUUUCGCGGUGCCCGCAUUUAUUAUACUGACCGUCACCCUCGCGACGAUCAUUGCACUUACAGUUCUGUGUGCUAUGGGCCGGACAGGGUCAAAGCGGAUGCGAACAUUUCUAGAAGCCUCUUCGACUGGCAGGAUUGUCGGGACUCUUGUGGCGGUGGAGGGCGAAGAAAAUAUAGCCAUGGGAACAAAGGAGUGGGUUAAGAGUGUAGGCAGGAAAGUUGUAAAAAUUACAAAGAAGGGCAUUAGUUUGGAGGGAGAGGGGCAGAAGGAAAGCGAUGAUGAGGCAAUUGUUGAAGAUGAGCCAAUCGUUGGUGAUGAGGCAACUGCUCAAAAUGAUGAGCUCGAGGAUGCAGAAGACGAUGAGCGGACGCAGAUGGUGGGACAAAGUUCUUAG